AUGUUGAGAAAAAUUGCUGUUCCCGUUUUAAAGGACACCACCUCCGUAAAAGCUGAACCCCCAGCAAGUCCCAGUAAUUCCUUGGAAGACGUAAAUAUAGAUGAUUUGGACUAUGUGUUCGAUAGUCCUAUGGUAAGUGCAUUGAAAAAACAAAUCGAACGCGAUGCUGAAAUAAAGAAAAGGAUGACACGAAAAAUCAGAGCUCUUCAAAAGCAAAAUAAGCGAUUGAAGAAAAGAGUUGUAGAACUCAAAACUGUUUUAAAGAAUUCCCCGAGAAGAAUCAUAAUAAUACGGGAAUCCGGGCCAGGUCCAGCGACGUAG